AUGGAUAUCCCAACCACCCCCACCGACUCCAAUCUGCCCGACCCGGAACACCACAUUGUCAAGGCCGAUGAGGUAGAUCAGACUGGCACGGAUAUCUCUCCUGUCUCCGACGACCAAUUGUUGGAGCAGAUAGCAGAGGGUCUGCGACAAGAGCAGGCCUCAUCUGCUGCACCUGAGGCGAUACCAGCUUCCCCACAGACAGAGGCGGCCGGAAAACGACCCGAAUUGCGACGAGACGGAUCAGCCCCUCCACCGCCACUACAACCACCUCCCCCCGCACCCGUUCAGCAGAAUGCGGACCGACCAACCGACUCCUCGCUGAGCUUGGCUCAGCUGCGGAGACUGGUGCAAGAGAUGCCCAAGGUCGAGCAGCCCGCGUAUGCUUUCGAAUAUGCCGAUGCGCAGCCGUUCCCAGACGAGCUGGAAGAAUGGUUCCAGUACAAUGAGUUUGAUCGCGUGAUGCUGAUGGGUAUGAAAGCUACCUUUGAAAGGCAAUGGAGUGCUUUCUGUCAGCAGAAUGUUUCGGGCGCCAGUGGACAGUCGUGGGUCGAUGUAUCCGAGGAUCUUCGCCGAUCAUUUAUGAUGCGAUCUUUGGACAAUCUGCAACACAUGGACGUUUCUGUGCGGCUGGAGGCACUGGAGAACAUUUGCUAUGCGGUCACUGGUGUAUGGGGCGUCACGGGUGGACGAUCUGUCCCGGACUAUCCUACAAACAUGGACGCCCGGUCAGCGGCCGAGACACCUCAGUCGAAAUCACUACAGAUUGACUGGAUCGAGGAGAACGUGACUCUUCUCCAGCAAUGCUCGGGGAUCCCAGUCUUGAUUUUGAGGUUAUCACAGCUGUUUGAUAAGAAUCGUGCCACGCUUGGUCCAGACCCAGAUGGGAUUGAGUUUGAACGACUUAAUCCAGGUGAUAUUGCCGCGCCGGAGCGCGAAGCCAACCUGGUUCUUACCUUGCUCUACUUUGCAAUUGAAGUCGGCCGACGGCAAGAAGCCCGAGAUACUCAAAACACUUUGAUCCGCGAUGCCCUUGGCGAAUCGAAUCCUUGUUUACUGGUCACCAUUGUGGAAAUCAUCGCGCGACUGAGAUGGGAUGAAUCUGCCAAUAUACCUCUUACGAGAAUCAUUCUUUUGCUGUGGAAAUCCAUCCUUCUCGUCUUUGGCGGCAGUGAUAAAUUGAAGAGGACGAAAGAGGUUCUGGAGCCUCCUUUGAUCUCAGAAGAGGAUGCUGCAAACCGCAGAACGCCUUUCUUAACCGCAAAGCCCCUCGAUUAUCACAUUUUCCGCCAGGAAAUCACCUCCAAAUACCCUUCUUACAACCCCCCUCCAUCGAUCGUUCCUCUGGAACUUGAAAAUAAUUCCAUUCUACCCCCUCUCCCACAGCAUCCCAGCAGGGCGACCUCCUCCAGCGGUCUUUUCUGCGGAGUCGGACCCUCGAUUGCUGGUGGAAAUGGCUCUAUUAUUCAACAGGCCGUUCAUAUCGCGACCCCGGCGCCGUCUCCGCCACCCUCUCCUAUCGGUCCUGGUGGGAAGGCUGGCAAGAAACAAAACUACCAGACCAACCAGAAUUUCCCGCUCAUGUACCCCCCGUUGGAUGAUACCAGUAAUCGCAUCGGCGGAAAGGGCACUACAGAGCGACAGGACGUCUUGGUAGGCAAGCGUUGGGAGGGUAGUGAUGUACCCGCGUCCGUCAUUGAAGCCGGAAAGCUUUUCUCCACUCAUGUGAAGAUGACUCGGGCAAUGCAACAACUGUGGGAAGAACGCGAGAAUUUCAUGAAGUACGAUCGGGGCUGGAACCUCGAGAAGUCUUACCAACGAGUUCCCGAUUUCCCGUCUCUCGAUGAUACUACCGGCGAACUGGACAAUUUGGAUCUGUCCGAAAGAGAGGAUACCCCUCACAAGAAAGAAACGGAUGAUCCAGAUGUACAGCGACGAUUGGAUGCCGUAGAAUCGUUCUAUGCUCAAACAUUGGCUCAUCUUCAGUCCAUCACAAUCGUGUUCUUGAAGAUCAUUCUGACGAAUGUCAGUGCUGUUGUGAACCAGGCGAAUUCUCAAACCUCUCAGAACAUGAGUAAUGGCCAUGGCAUCAAUGGGUCAUCUGCAGACUUUUUCUCUGAUUCCUCCAUUGACGAAUUGGAUAAUAUUCGGUUACGAGAAAUCACCGGUAAAGCCGUAUCCGAUGUUCUUAAAUUCGAAUAUAUGACUCAGCUACUACUUGACUCGAACUACUUGCCUCUAAUUUUGAAGAUGUUCGCCCAUCAAGAUGUGGAUCAAGCCGUGGCGCAGAAAAAUGACCGCGAGGACCUGGCUUUCUUCCAUUUUUGCAGCGAGCACUCUGAUUACGCGGUACAGACCCAGCAACCGGAUGACGGUGACACUGAGAGUGAGGACGAGGCUGUUCCGCCUCCCAUCUCCCGCCAUCGUCCCAAUUUGAAUACCGGCAGCAGCGGCGUUCGUCCUCUCUCCCCCGAAGAGUCCAUCGCGGGUAUACUUGACGGUCCGACCCGCCCUGAAGUCGAUGAGCUCGGCUACCCCACGGCCCCUCUGCCCAAGGAACCCAUCACCGUCUUCUCCUUCCGUAACUUCUUCUCUGCAAUCAACUAUCUUCACAUCAUGCAGAAGAUUACUCGCGACAAGGCGCAUCGCUGCCUUUUGCUUGUGCAGUAUAGGUCGAGUACCAUUCUCCGAAAGGGCCUUAAGAUCCCGGACCCUCAUCUUCGAUUCUACACUCUCAAGCUUUUCAAGUCACAAGUGCCCUACUGCGGCCGCAAAUGGCGCCAGAGCAACAUGCGUGUCAUCACCGCCAUCUACCUGUACUGCCGACCAGAGCUGCGGGAUGACUGGCUUGCCGGCUCGGAUGUUGAUGCCGAAGUUGAGGAAGCCCUACCUCUGGAACAAGCUCUUCGUGGAUUGACACACUGGUGGCAUCUACGUCAGUAUAAGGAUGUAAUGGCUGGACCCGAGGGAUCCAGCAUGAUGGAAGAGGAGAGAGAUUUCUUUGUUCGGGAAUUAGAGUCUAUGGGAUGGGGCUUUGCUGAUGAAUUGGCUGGCGAUGACUCGGAUCAAAGCAACCAUAUGGUAAACGGGAAUGAGUGGGAGGGUGGCCAAAUGCAGGCGGAGGGUGGCUGGCCACAGUGA